UUGAUCAGAGUGAACCAGAGAGUACACCGCCCUUUCGGCUCCUGACUCUGUAGGCUGUAGGUGCAGGACCACCAUGGAUUUGGGGAAAGUGGAGACGCUGGUGAAAGCCCAGCAGCUGAGGGAUCAGUUUGACAACUUGGAAAAGCACACACAGUGGGGUAUUGACUUUGUGGAGAAGUACACCAAAUUUGUAAAAGAGCGGUCUGAAAUCGAAAUCAACUAUGCAAAGCAGAUUAGGAACCUUUCAAAGAAAUACCAACCCAAGAAGAAUUCAAAAGAGGAAGAAGAAAACAAAUAUUCAUCAUGUCGGGCCUUCCUGUCAACCUUGAACGAGCUGAACGACUAUGCUGGACAGCAUGAGCUCAUCGCCGAGAACCUCACCUCACAGAUCAUCUCUGAGCUGACGCGGUACACCCAGGAGCUCAAGACAGAAAGGAAAUCGCAUUUCCAUGAUGGACGCAAGGCACAGCAACACAUUGAAAACUCCUGGAAACAGCUGGAAUCUAGUAAACGCAGGUUUGAGAGGGACUGCAAAGAAGCGGACAGGGCGCAGCAGUACUUUGAGAAGAUGGACGCAGACAUCAACGUGACUAAGGCAGACGUGGAGAAGCGAUGUUCCCACAAGGCACGACAGCAGGCCCAGAUGAGGCACCAGAUGGCAGCAGACAGCAAGGGAGAGUACUCAUCCUACCUGCAGAAGUUCAACCAGGAACAGAAUGAACAUUACUAUACUCUCAUACCUCACAUCUUCCAGAAAAUCCAAGAGAUGGAGGAGAGGCGAAUUGAGAGGGUGGGGGAGUCCAUGAAAACCUUUGCAGAGGUCGACCGGCAAGUUCUACCCAUCGUGAGCAAAUGCCUUGAUGGUAUGACAAAGGCAGCAGAAUCCAUUGAACCCAAAAGUGACUCAAAGCAGGUUGUAGAAUCUUACAAGUCUGGUUUUGAGCCCCCUGGUGAUGUGGAGUUUGAAGACUACAGCCAGCCUAUGAAGAGGACAGUUUCAGAGUCCAGCCUUUCCAACUCCAGGGGGGAGGCCAAGCCAGAAAAACCCAGCAGCAAGAGCAAGGGCAAACUGUGGCCUUUUAUCAAGAAGAACAAGCUUAUGUCCCUGUUAACGUCCCCCCACCAGCCACCCCCUCCCCCCCCUGCCUCCACCUCGCCCUCACCCUCUGCUGUUCCCAACGGCCCCCAGUCUCCCAAGCAGCACAAGGAGCCCCUCUCACACCGCCUCAACGAGUUCAUGGCCUCCAAACCCAAAAUGCACUGCUUCCGGAGUCUGAAGCGCGGGCUUUCUCUCAAGCUGAUCACUCUCAAUGCUCAGGUCCGGAAUCUCAUUGAGGGCUCUGGUCCUGAAGAUUUCAGCCACUUGCCUCCCGAGCAGAGGAGGAAGAAACUGCAGGCCAAGAUUGAUGACAUCAACAAGGAAAUCCAGAAGGAGAUGGACCAAAAGGAUGCCUUGACUAAGAUGAAGGAUGUCUACGUGAAGAAUCCACAGAUGGGAGACCCCAGCAGUGUGGACCCUCGGCUGGCUGAGAUCAGCCAGACCAUAGAGAAGCUGCAGUUUGAGGCGCAGAAAUUUGAGGGGUGGCUUGCAGAGGUGGAAGGGCGGUUGCCAGUGAAGAGUGACCCUCCCCGGAGACAGAGUGGACUGUAUGAGACCCAGAACAACAUUCAGACAACUGUCAACAACUGCGCCCAAGACCGUGAGAGCAGCCCAGAUGGCAGUUACACAGAGGAGCAGAGUUCCGAGACUCAGAUCAAGGUUCCCAGCACAGAGUUUGAUGACGAGUUUGAUGAUGAAGAGACACUGCCCACUAUUGGAACUUGCAAAGCCCUCUAUCCCUUUGAAGGUCACAAUGAAGGCACAAUCUCGGUGGCGGAGGGCGAGCUGCUGUACGUGAUCGAGGAAGACAAGGGCGACGGCUGGACGCGCGUGCGCAGGAACGAGGAAGAGGAGGGAUACGUGCCCACGUCUUACGUCGAGGUCUUUUUGGACACAAAUGCCAAAGCUGAUAUUUUCUGCGUUCAUCACAGUGUGAAUUGCAGCCCGAUUACUGCUGUGUAAAGCAAAUUCCUAAAAGUGUGGGGCUGGCACAGGAAUGGCAGGGCAAGCUGCCUCGGAGAAAACCCAUCUUCCUUUUAAAGGUCAUUAGUCAGAAUCAACUGACAGAAAGGGGACAAGUUAUGAGGCAUUACAAUUUUCAACUCCAUACAGAAAUUCAUUGAGUGCUCCUUCUGCAAUGGUAGCUGAAAGACGCAAAAAAAAAAGAUAAAAGGAAAACCGAACCAAAUUUAGCACCCAUCAUAUUAUUUGAUAAUUUUGCUUCUAUUGUUUCUGCAAAGCUUGCUUUUUGGUGUACUAACUUGGCUUCCGUGUCUGUGUGUGUGGCGGCUGAUGGCUCUUGCUUUGAACCCCCAAGCACAGCCUUUCGUGGUCAGAGACUGGAUCUGGACUAGCCGAAUAUGCGGCAGGAGCUGAAACUGCAUCAUUCCCAUAUAACUGAAUGCCAUAUAUUCAGUUACUGUAAAAACCUGGGCAGGUUCUGUACAAUGCCAGGCACUGAUGUCACAAUAGAACACAUUAUCACGAUCAGAAAGACAAACCAGUUACACAGUGGAGGCGUGCCAGUUACUAUUACUGAGUCUAAACAUUAUAAGCCCUCAGAUAACAAAGCAUUCAUUUACUGUGUCAUCAUCACUGGCAUGGCAUAUGGAGCACCUACACAUCUGACCGCACCCUGGAUGUAAGGUUACUGUACUCACCUGCACUUUCGCUCUUGUGAUAUCCUCACUGGCAUCCUCUCCUCUCUCUGGCCACUAACCCACGCCAGGCUGUAGCUUUGGCCAUUGGCUCCAGUUAGAGCUCACACCCUCAGGCAGUUGCCCUGGCGGCUUGCUCCUCAGUUGGGAUCGCGUUUCUAAGCAUGCAUGCUUGCCCUGUCUCCUUGCCUCUGCCAAUCCUAGAAGAGGGGUCCGACCCUACUGCCUGUCAUUUAAGUUAACCCCAUUGCCUGUACAGUUCUUAACCUGUUUGCUACAUUUUGUUUUGUGCCUGUGUAUUCGUUUUUGGUUUUAAACCUGUUUGUUGUUUAAGUGUCGUCUAUUUACGCAUGGUCACCCAUCUUCACACCAUGAAUUAUUUUAGUUUUGCACUCCUGGUAUCUCUACUCUUCCACCCAACAAAGAAACAUCUGGGAUCCCAAGGUUUUUGUUUAUAUUUUUUACUAUGAUUCUGAUGUCUUCUAUAUAGUACAUAUAAAUAUGAAAAUGCCCUUGGUUAUGUGUAUGUACAAAUGUCAACUGCACUUAAUAUGAGCAGUGUAACUCGCAAAUCUUUUUAUUAAUCAUAAUUUUCUGGAUUUAGUCUUUGAGUUUCAGUAAAUUUCCUCUGGGCUAUUCCUGUAAUGGUCUGACUAUAUGAUCAUCCAUCUCCCCACUCAUGACAUUUUUGCAGGGUGUGUGUUGUACUGCUGUCUUGCUGAAAUAUACUGUGGUUCAUAUACACAUCUAUUUCAAUAUUUCCCAUAAACAUGGAACAGUCAAAUUAGGCAUUACUGGGUUAUAUUACUGGGUCUUUUAUUGUUGGUAAUAAUGAUUCAAGUAGAUGGCAUUCUGUGGAACUGUGGUAUGUAAAAAUAACUGGUUGGAAUUUAUGUUGUUUUGUUUGUUUUGAAGAGGACAACAGCUGUUUCUUUGCGUGGACAUCUGACAGUACAUUAUUGUCAGUCCACACAGGCAACACGUUCAUGUUUUCCUCUGUUGAUGGCACAUAAUGAUUUGAAGAUUUUUAUAUUGAUUCCUUGUUGGGUCAUGGUUUAAGCCGUCUUUUUUAGCUGGAUUAAAUACCUAAACCAUUUUCUCCCAUCAUCAAAUCAUCCAAGAAAAGAUUUUUAAAAAUCAGACUGAACUUUGGAAUUGAAGUCCUGUGACUUUACUUCAAAGCAAGCACUGACUACACAGUGCUUGUUUCCUAUUGUUCUAUGAAGUGAUAUGAUUAUGUCCUGAAUGUGUAUCAGAAGUAUGUGUUUAAAUGUAUUUUGAGAAUAUGACUUGAGCAACAUUACCAAUAAUUGACUGAAAUAGUGUCAAUACAUCAAUCAGCAUCAAAUAAAGGACGCUCCAUUUACUGAACUUCUCUGGAUUGGGAAUUAUUCACAGAUGGUUACACAGCAUUGCAAAACAAACAUAGUGGCAGAGAAUCAGGGUUAAUGUUCACCAAGCUCUUGCAUCUAGUUUGAGUAGCAUUGAUUUACAUUAGGCAAUGCACUUUGUGAGAACUCAAUGGAAGAUUCAGAGGUGCCGCUCCAUCGGCAACAACCAGUUACCUGAAGGAGUGCUGCAGUCGGGGGAAGGGAGAGGAAACAGACGCUGCCGUGCUGCAUCCUUUUUGAGGUUUAAAUGGUGGUCAUUCGUGCAUGGAAAAGCAAGAUGUUGGACAAACCCUACCACUCUCCACGCUAUGAAGGAAACCAUGCCGGCACAGCUCAACGUGUCCUAUGUACAGAAGAGGCUCAUCAGAAUCAGAAAAUAUAUAAAUAUAUAAAUAACAUUUAAACAGAUUAAAAGGAAAUAAGUCUAUUUUUAAGGUUUUAACUAUAAUGUUCCUUUUUUUUUUUUUUUUUUUUUUGCUUUGCUAAGAUUUUUGAUUUUGUUCUGUGAAGUCUGCCAAAUGGUAUUUUUUGCACUUUUCUGUUCGUUACAUUUGGUAUGCUUGUGUUUCUGAGCACUGAAUACUUUGCAUUGUGUUAACUGUGCCAAUUAAAAAUAUUGGGAGAAAGAA